AUGCUCCUCGCCGCGACCGGCCCGCUCCGGGUCCUCGGCCUUCAGGUCGAGCUUCUUGCGGGCCAGACGGAGGCAAACCUGGCGCGCGCCGAGGCGCUGAUUCGGGCCAACCCUGGCCACCGGCUUUAUGUGCUGCCAGAGCUGAGCAGCCACGGGUACUGCGACGAGGUGCUGUCGCAGCUCGACCCCACUCGGCCAGAGCGGCCGGCGCAAGACGCCGAGUCGGGCAGCGUCACGGCUUUCUUCUGCCGGCUCGCACGCGACGUCGACGCCCACAUCAGCUACGGCUUCCUCCGCGACGCCGGAGCCGGCCGCACCUGCAUCUGCCAGGCGGUGGUCGACCCUCGCGGCCAGCUGGUGCUCGCGUACGACAAGAUGCACCUCUGCGACAUGGGUGACUGCAGCGAGAUUGCACACGGCUGCUCGCCGGGCGAGGGCGAGCUCGGCGUCUUUGAGUGCGACGGCGUCCGCGUCGGCGUCACGAUCUGCUAUGACCUCCGCUUCCCGGAGCUCUACCGCGCUCUCGCGUGGGACGCGGGCUGCGACCUCAUCCUGCACCCCGCCGCGUUUGUGCGCGACGCCACCUUCCCGAUGUACCACCAGCAGUUUGUUGCGACUCGCGCCGUCGAGAAUGGUGUCUACCUGCUCUCUGUCAGCUACGCGGGCGAGCGCUUCGGCUCGUCGGUCGCGUGCCCGCCCUGGAUCGGCGACGUUCCUGGCCUCGCCGCGCCGCUGGCGGCCGCGUCGCUCGGCACUGCGGAGGGCGUGCUCCCUCUGGUGGUCGAGCCCAGGCACCUUGAGGCCGUGCGCCGCGCCUACCCCUACCGGAGGGACGUGCACCCGCGGCUCCGGGCUCCUCCCGCCCAGGGGGAUCGACGUCUGCAGCGAGAGAAGAGUGGGAGGUGA